AUGGACCCCAGCGACACCCUCCCCCCGGCGAUCAAAAAACUCAUGAUUCUUGCCAGUUACACGCAACAGCUUGUUCGUGAAAAACUCCAUCCCCAGCUGUCACCAAGUCAACCUCCGCCAGGCUUAUCGCUACAACUGCAAUCCGAGGCUCGCCUUAUAGCAGCGUGUCUCUGCAAGGCGUUGGACAACCCUUUGCAGCUCAAAUGGACCACCAACACAUAUAUGGAGAAUCGCCACAAGAAAAGAUCGACCCUUGAAACUCUUUGUCCACCCUUUGUUGAUUCCAAUGGUCCACCUAACUCUGUUCUCCGAGACGAGCCGUUCCUUGUCAUUGAUCUCUCGGGUCGAGUAGUCAUGUGUUACUUGCCAUCCGUGAUAUGUAAAGAGAGACAGGCCAUUAUCCGUGAAGCCAUUACCUGGCUUUCAAACGUCCCCCAAGUCCCCCCUUUGACUCAGAAGCCUGAUGGUAAUUUCCGAGUUAACCCCGGGAAGUUCAGCCCUUCAACCACCGAUAUUCGUAGUGGAGUUGUAACAUACGCCUCCACUUGGCCGAUGGCUGGACACCCCGAUGGACCGUGGGCUCCUUCAGCCAACUUCAAGAAUCCCAAAGGCGGUGGGCUCUCCUUUUUGGAAAUGAUCUCAGAAUCGCUUGCGGUUCUAGGCGCCAUUUUGGCGGUUAUUCACCCUGCGCUUUUCGAGGCGGGUGUUGAAGUCCUUUCAAGGCUUAACUCGGGGUAUAUCGAAGUGAGGGAUUACGACUUAUUGAAGCAAGUUCUCAAUCAUUGGUCGUCUCCAUUCACCGCCUUCUCUGUCAUCACCAAUCGACAAACAGAUCUCCAUCGCGACUCCCUCAGCCCUACUGAUGCUUUCGACAUGCUCUACACCUCCGGUGACUACGAUGAUGGUCGGUUCGAAGUCCCUGGACUCGGUAUCCGAUGCCGAUAUGAUCCCGGUACCGUCAUAGCUUUGCUCACUGCCGUUUUUGAGCACGGCGUGCCCCGUCAAUGGUUCACGCAUUUGUAUCGCCCAUUUCUUCCGCAGAGUGAUGCUAUUGCAAAGUCCCUUCCAGAAGGCCCCAAAAAACAUUACUUUUGA